ACUUAUAACCUGAAGCCAAACGCAUGAAACGGGGAAUACUGAUACCUGCUGAUAUUGUCUCAUAAGCGAGUGUAUAUACAAUUACGUAACAUCAUUUGGUGAGCCAAAUAUAAUGCUACAUGCCGAUCUCAACCCGCAAAUACAAUUGCCUUAAAAACCAGUUUUCAAAUAGGUGGUUUAUUAUUUGGAGGGCGUUAGCAAAAUAAGAAUCUAUUUUGUGAACGAUAGAGGUGGAAAUCAAGACUGACAACAUGAAUUCUUUUAUUUUGUGCACAGUGUUAGCAUUUGUUGGGCUGGCUUAUGGGCAAAAUGCCACAACCACCACCACCACUGAAGCUGCGACUGAAGCUGCGACUGAAGCUGCAACUGAAGCUCCAUCUUGUAACAUACUUGACGCAAAGGGCUGUCUGCAGGGGUUCUCAGUUGGAAACUUGACUAGUCUUUGCUUAUUUUUGGACAAUGGUGAAAAUAUCACAAAUUGUGUACGUGAAAAGACAGGUUGCGUGCCAAGUACUAUUCCAGAGUUUACUACAAUCCAAUCUGCGGCGAAGACAGCGGGUUUCCUAAACCAGUGCAAUGCAGGUGUCUUCUUGGAACCAGUUGUGAUGACCAUUUUCCUGUCAGCCCUUUGUGUCGUAUAUAAUAUGUUCAAACAUUAGAGCGUUAUUUGCAACACUAUUGAAUAUUGGAGCAUUUUAAUAUAAUAUUAUCAAAUGUUAGAGCCUUCUCUGCAACGUCAUCGAGCCUAACAUUUGAGCGCAAGCCUCGCCUCUGUGAACUUCAACCUGACAGUGAACAAUACAAUUGAUACACAAGAUAUAAGAAAAUAUAUGUCAAUACAAUAUAUACAUAUACUGAACAUAGAAUACAUGAUUCUAAAAAUGCUCUCUUCCUAAAAUAUGUGUGUUUGAUAUUAUGUUUAGUUAUUUUUAAAAACACAAAAAGCUAUCGUUCGAUAUUUACCACAGUCCGACCUAUGGCUGAACGUACAGAGAGACACAAAUAGAGUUAUUCUCCAGUUGCCCUGUUUUAGAGUCCCCGCGUUACGCUAGAACUGAACGAAUCGUUCGUUCGGAGAAUAACAUUAA